UUUGAUAUAUUCAGUCAUAUACUGUAUUCAAUGGAAAAAUUGUCGAAAAUGUCUGAAUCGGCUAAAGAGUUGAAAACAUCCGUUAAGACUAUCACUAGACUAAAGAGACAAUUAAGUCCAGCGGUGAACAUAAAUGUCAAACCAAAGAGUGAAGAUCAUGAAAGACGAAGAUAUGAUAGAGUGGCUAAAAUGUUGGCCCAACAGAACAUGAAGAAUACCAAGGAUUCAACAAAACAAUUGAAAUCUUCGGCCAAACAGAUGGAAAACAAAAGCAUUGUCACCGACGAGACUUACAGAAAGUUGAUAACAGAUCUGAUGAAAAAACCUCAUCCAGACUUCAAUUCACAGUUGACUGUAACAGAGAUUUUGCAUCUCAAGAGUCAAUUGAAUAAUUUGAAGAAUUUAAAUGACAAAUCAAAAAGAAAUUAA